UGCUGCCCCUGUUGCCCCUGUUGCCCCUGCUGCCCCUGAGCCAACCAGUGGUGUCCUUGUCAUGGUGACACAGGAGAAACAUCAGAAGCUUCCGUCACCUGUGCCACAAGGAAAAAACUACAAGCAGACACAGCUGAUCACCACACCAGAGCCAGCGCCAGUACCUGUAGCCACACCUGAACCAGCACCCGUGGGCCCAAAGGGAAAGGGCCUGAAGGAAAUCACAUCCGGACCUGAACCAGUGACUUCUCACACUGACCCAGAACCAGAGCCAGCACCAGUCGUUCCUCAAGAGAACGGAGGAGGAGCUUUAGUUUCCAAGGGACAGGGAGCGAAACCUGACUGCGGACCAUCAGGAGUACCCAACGGACAAUGGAUGAAAAUACCUAGACCAGGUUACAACGAAGGUGCUGGAGCAUCUGGUUCAAAAACAAAAGGUUAUGGAGCCGGAGCUGGUGUUCCAAGCACAUAUGGUGCCAAACCCAAUGGAUACGGUGCAGGUGCAGGUGCAGGGGGAUUUUCAAACGGAGGAGGAACUAAAGCAAACAAACCAGGUUAUGGAGCAGGAAGCUACCCUGUCCCCGGACUCAGCAACGGACAUGGAGCCGGGUUUAGAUUUCCUUAUGCGGGGAACCCUAAGCAGCCUGGUUACGGACAAGGAGUGUACCCUGGAGCCGGAUAUGGAAACGGAAAUUCAUAUGGAGGAUAUGGAAACGGCUACAGUGCUGGUGUACAACCUGACUUUGCAAGUCUCGGCCAGGGUUUCCCCACUGCUGAUGCCAAAUCAGGUGGUGCGGCGCAGGUUCCUUACAACGGAGCCCCAGUGGUUCCUGAUGGACUAGAUGGCAUUAGUCAGCCUGCUGGCCUUGGACCAAAUGGAAAGUUGGGCAGCAUGUAUGGUGGAAUGGGCGGCUUGCCUUUCGGUGGUCAGAAACAUGGAAUGGGUGCAGCGAAAUCCAACGCCAAGUACGGUAUUGGUGGAUUGCAAUUUGGUGGACAACCCCUCGGUACAGGACAGUACGGAUACGGUGGGGGACCAUAUGGACAUACAGGUGAUGGGAAAUCAGCUGGAAACUAUGGUGGCCUUGGUGCUGGCAUGGGAGGGGAACCUGCACCUGGACAAUAUGGACACACUGGGUUCCCCAAUGCUGGGCAGCUUCUUGGACUUGGCAGUAAUGGAAAUAUAGCUGGAAAAUAUGGUUAUGGAAGAAUGCCUUACGAAGCUCAGCCAGCUGGACUGAGCCCUGAAGUCAAAUCUACUGGACAAUAUGGUUUUCCUGCGUCACCAUAUCAGCCUGAACAUCUCGGACUUGGACAUAAUGCAAAAUUAAGCAGCCCCUACGGUGGCGGAGAGGUUCCCUACACACCACAAGCUCUUGGUUUUGGGGGGGAAGCUAAAUCUGCUGGCAAAUACGGGCACCAGGGAGCGUAUCACUCACAGCCCCUUGAAUCUGUAUCUGAAGGCAGAUCUGUUGGAGAUUAUGAAGCGGCUGGUUUACCGUACGAGUCCCUGCCUUCUGACCCGGAUUCACCUGGAAAAUCUUAUGUGAAGGGAGAACUCCAGACUCCGGUGGCUGCAGUAGAAAGCGAGGGGAUGUCAUAUGAUAAUGUGGGCUAUAUAAACGGACAUGUGCAACCUGAAGCUCCCACUGCCGGCCCCGACUUGGCUUACCCCUCCGUCCCGUCCCAUCUACCUGAAGAAGCCUCCUUUGCACCUGAUGUGGCACCUGGAGCGGGCGUGGAGGACCUGCCCGAAUCUGCGGGCGCUGCUGACCCCGUUCUCGAUUCUGCAGCCGCCACAGAAACGCACGGUGUGAUGGAGGGGCCUGAACAAUCCGAGGACCUGCUACAAGAGCAGCUGCCACGGCAGAUACACAUUCAACAGCAUUUCAAGCUGCAUUUUCACCAACAAGGAGCAAAGGACAGAAAGUACGAUCUGAAUGGCUUCUUUGGGAACAGUGGUUUUCAAGGUUAACUGUGCCGACAGUGACAACAACAUCUGUGUAUCUCACUUUACCUCCUUCUCUUCUGCUGUAUGAUAUUUGUAUUGUAUAUUAAUUUUAUAAUUUUUUCUCUGGUAUAGUCAUAUUUUUGUGUUUGUUUGUAAAGCAAGAGAUUAACUAACAUUGAAGCAAUGUUGAGUUGUUAGGUUUUAGUGUACAUUUCUGCGUUUCCUAUUUGUCCUGCACUAACUAUGCAUGCAGAGAAGUGGUU